AUGAAAAAAAUAAAAUCAGAUGAUGAACUAUCAGAUGAACUAUCAGAUGAUGAAUCAUGGAUUCUCAAAUUGGCAUUUUUAAAAGAUAUUACAACAUUUUUGAAUGAAUUGAAUAUAAAAUUACAAGGCAAAGGAAAAUUACUCUCAGAUAUGUACACUGACAUUAAAUCGUUUCAAGUAAAAUUAAAUCUAUUGUACAAUAAUUUCGAUCAACAAAUUUUAUAUAAUUUUUCGUGUUGUAAAUCUGCGAUUGAAUCUUUUGUAAUACCAUUGCAGUGGGAUUUAAUUAAACAUAAAUUUCUCAAUAUCAUUGAACGAUUAAAAAAGGAAUUUUCAACAAGAUUUGAUGAUUUUUAUAAAUAUGAUAAAGAAAUUAAAUUAUUCCAGAAUCCUUUUCAAAUGGACAUAAAUAAUGUCAAGAAUAAUUUACAAAUGAUGGAAGUCAUUGAACUUCAAAAUGACGAAGUUCUAAAAAAUUCUUUUCGGGAAGCUGAUAUCGAAAAUUUAACUAAAAAACUGCAGGCACAGAAAUCGCAUUAA